CGAUAGAGCUCAUACGGAAGACAGUUGUAAUUCACAGAGACCAGUCAAGCGUUCCGCUUGCGUAAGGAGCACCAACACUACUACUAAAUUUAAUACUGUACUAACGUUAGCUUCUGAAGUUUAUCGCUUCUUGUCUUGGCACAAACAUUAUGGAUGUGUGCUGGUCAUGUUUGUUUAUCGGAGGGAUCGCCGUUUAUUUUCUAACGCAACUUCUGCGAUUCAUCUUUGCCGACGCUGAUCUGACUUUAUUAUGGACCGACAAGGUCGGCAGCACACCAGAGUCAAAGUUGCGAGGGAAAGUGGUAUGGAUUACCGGAGCAUCCAGUGGUAUCGGGGAGGAACUGGCCUAUCAGCUUGCAACACUUGGUGCUCGGCUAGUGUUGUCUGCACGCAGAGAGAAUGAGCUGGAGAGGGUGAAACGCUCAUGUUUAGAGCGCUCCUCCCUAAAGGACGAGGAUAUUCUUGUUCUUCCGCUCGAUUUGAUGGACCGUGCAUCACAUCAAAAGAAAACUGAGAUUGCUCUGAAGCACUUUGGUGAUAUUGACGUGCUGAUAAAUAAUGGCGGUCGGAGUCAGCGUUCGCUGUGUUUGGACACAGAUGUGGACGUGUACCAGGCUCUUAUGGAGCUCAACUACCUGGGCACCGUAUCUCUCACUAAGCAGGUGCUGCCCCACAUGACCCAUCGUGGAACUGGUAUCAUAGCAACCGUCAGUAGCGUCGUAGGCUUUGUAGGGGCGCCCUUGGCAACAGGGUAUGCUGCGAGCAAGCAUGCAGUGCAGGGUUUUUUUGACAGUUUGAGAACAGAACUCACAGAUUAUCCAAACAUCACAAUUAGUACCAUCUGCCCUGGACCUGUAAUAUCAAGCAUCGUUCAUAAUGCUUUCACUGAGGUGCUUGACAAGCCUGUGCCCACAGCUGGAGAUCAAAUGCACAAGAUGUCUACGGAGCGCUGUGUCCAUCUCAUCCUGGUAGGUCUGGCCAACCGUGUGAAAGAAAUGUGGAUUGCUCAACAACCCUUUCUACUGUUCUGCUAUAUGUGGCAGUACACUCCCACCUGGGCAUGGUACUUCACUAAUAUUUUGGGCAAAAAACGUGUGCAGAACUUCAAAGCUGGGAUGGAUGCAGACUCCGCAUACUUCAGCAAGCCAAAGGUCAAGACUACCUGAAAAUAUUAUUUUUCCAUCUUAUUUAAAAAAUGUAUUUUUUUGCAUUUCUGUACAUUCUUGAAUUGAAGGACCAACAGCCCUGAAAAGCAUAGAAACUAAAAGGAAAUAACGUCACACGAUUUCAACAUAUAAUUAAAUAUGGAAAAAUUG